AUGGCUUUGACGUUUGACUGCCAAGGGCCAGUUGGUGAUAUGGAUCGUUCGGGACCAGCGCUGCCAUCACCUGUCCUCCCACGACGUUGUGAUCUCUGUGGCCGUGCCGACAUUCGGACAGUGGCUGGUUGUCUGCCAAGCACCCCCAACAAGACAGGACAGGGUCCUCGUCUCACAGUGGCAUGCCAUCUCUUGACCCGUAGUCUUUGUCGCUAA